CGACAACAUCAAUGUCGACGAGCGUUGCGUCAGCAUGAGCAGCAAAUACUUCGGACUGCCAGACAUUGACACCGCUCAGGAUGUCUUUGAGACUGCUGAUGAGCCCGAAUCAGCACUGAGGCCAAAUGAUCUCGGUAUAGAUGAGGAGGAACAGGGUUCAAAAACGAUAUCAAUAGAUAUCGAUGCCUCAGAAUUACCUGAGCGACGACGAGCCGAGAAAGUCUUUGCAAGAGGAACAAGACGGCCAGACGCUUCUUUAAUCUUCAGACCUCGCCUGCCUCCUUUGACUCGACACAGAUCCUGCUCCUCCAGCUCAUCCGACGAGCCGUUAAAGGAGACACCAGCGGCAAGGCUGAGACGUCUCAAGGCUGAGCUUGAAGAGGUCGAAGCAGAAAUCAAGGCUGGCCCGUCCACUUCAAGUGUUCAUGAAACCGCCGUUACAGAGUCAGAUGAAGUCGGAGGAGCCAGGAACGGCAAACGCAAAUCUGUCCUUCCCCCCAGAACCCCAGUGGAUCUUGUAUCGGAGCUCGGAGCCCUGAGGAGCAAACUCACAGCCGUAGAGAUGCGGGAGAAAGCUGAAAGCUUUGGAGUCUCGACACUGGAUUGGAAUCAGAGGCUACAGGCGAUUACCAAGCCGGCUCAGGACGGCUCAGAUCACGAGCCAAAUGACCAGAGAGAUGUUUUUUCAGAGCCGAGCAACUCGGUAAACAGUUUAUCCAGUAUAGACAAACGACUGGCCAGUCUGGAAGAUACGAUUGGACCAUCAAACUCUGGAGCUAUCGAUACUUCAGCCCCCCUCCUCACCACCCUCCAAAAACUCGAUCACCUUCUGAUCCUACUCACUCAACCUCGACAUCUAGAUGCCAUCUCCCGUCGUGUCAAGCUUCUCCUUGUGGACUUGGAUAGAGCAGCAGCCGCAUCCCGUCGCCAACCUCUUGGCUCUCAAUCCCCCGAAAAAGGAGCAUCAAGCGUUGCCCUCUCUUCAGCCGAAUACGAAUCCCUGCAAUCUCUCUUCGCCAUUCUGCCGCGUUUGGACCCACUGAUACCUAUUAUCACACCUCUUCUGGCGCGUUUGAAAAGCUUGUCGGGUUUGCAUGCCGAGGCUGCGCAGACAGUAUCCACAUUGAGAGCAGUCCAAGAAGGAACAAAACGAAACGGUGAUGAAGUCAAGGAGCUGGUCGGAGUUGUCCAAGGCGUCAAGGGAGGAUUAGAGGAAGGCGCAAAGGCUGUCGAGCGGAACUGGACGGGACUAGGGGAUCGCAUGAAGAGUCUCGAGGACCGCAUAAAAGCUUUGGGAAGCUGAAGGGUUGUACCCCGACAUGAUCCAGACGAGGAUCUAAUGCCUAGUACCCGUCACAUCCAUCAAAUAUGCAAGAAAGACGAUGCAUAUGUGAUA